CAGGGAACAUGUGGGUGAACCCCGAAGAGGUGCUGCUGGCCAACGCGCUGUGGAUCACCGAGAGAGCCAACCCUUACUUCAUCCUGCAGCGGAGGAAGGGGCACUCGGGCGAUGGAGGCGGCGGCGGCGGACUGGCGGGCCUCCUGGUGGGCACCCUUGAUGUCGUGUUGGACUCCAGUGCCCGGGUCGCUCCUUACCGCAUCCUGUACCAGACUCCAGAUUCUUUGGUCUAUUGGACCAUCGCCUGUGGUGGUUCCAGAAAAGAAAUCACUGAACACUGGGAAUGGCUGGAGCAGAAUCUGCUGCAGACACUUUCCAUCUUUGAAAAUGAGAACGAUAUCACCACAUUUGUAAGAGGAAAAAUACAGGGCAUCAUUGCAGAGUAUAACAAAAUCAAUGAUGUGAAGGAAGAUGACGACACAGAGAAGUUCAAGGAGGCCAUCGUGAAGUUCCACCGGCUGUUUGGAAUGCCCGAGGAGGAGAAGCUCGUCAACUAUUACUCUUGCAGCUACUGGAAGGGGAAGGUCCCCCGACAGGGUUGGAUGUACCUCAGUAUUAAUCACCUUUGCUUUUAUUCUUUUCUGAUGGGAAGGGAAGCCAAGCUGGUCAUCCGGUGGGUGGACAUCACUCAGCUCGAGAAGAACGCCACGCUGCUUCUACCCGAUGUGAUCAAAGUGAGCACAAGGUCCAGCGAGCAUUUCUUCUCUGUAUUCCUCAACAUCAAUGAGACCUUCAAGCUAAUGGAGCAGCUCGCCAACAUUGCCAUGAGGCAACUCUUAGACAAUGAGGGCUUUGAACAAGAUCGAUCCCUGCCCAAACUGAAAAAGAAAUCUCCUAAGAAAGUGUCUGCCCUAAAACGUGAUCUGGACGCCAGGGCCAAGAGUGAGAGGUACCGUGCACUCUUCCGGCUGCCCAAAGAUGAAAANCCUCGCCUUCUCCCAGAGUCCACAAGUAAGGUGAGAUCAACGGAGCAGGAGAUGACUGUCCUUGAAAAGAUGCUGGUUAUACUCAUGGAUCCCAUCGGGGGUGCACGUCAUGCUAGAGGGCCCACAGGGAGACAGCCCCAGGUGGGUCAGCAGACAGGAGCAGGGAAAGAUGUGGACUGGAGUCUUCAUUGUGAUUUCCAUGGGAAGAAACAGGUGACUAUUGUAGAGAAGGCAGACAGCUCCAGUGUGCUCCCCAGUCCUCUGUCCAUCAGCACCAGGAACAGGAUGACCUUUCUCUUUGCCAACUUGAAGGACAGAGACUUUCUGGUGCAGAGGAUCUCUGACUUCCUGCAACAGACGACCUCCAAAAUAUACUCAGACAAAGAAUUCGCAGGAAGCUACAACAGUUCGGAUGAUGAGGUGUAUUCCCGGCCCAGCAGCCUCGUUUCCUCCAGUCCCCAGAGGAGCACCAGCUCCGAUGCUGAUGGCGAGCGCCAGUUCAACCUCAACGGCAACAGCGUCCCCACGGCCACGCAGACCCUGAUGACCAUGUAUCGGCGGCGGUCUCCCGAGGAGUUCAACCCCAAAUUGGCCAAAGAGUUUUUGAAAGAGCAAGCCUGGAAGAUUCACUUUGCGGAGUACGGGCAAGGGAUCUGCAUGUACCGCACGGAAAAGACCCGGGAGCUGGUGCUGAAGGGUGUCCCUGAGAGCAUGCGUGGGGAGCUCUGGCUGCUGCUGUCCGGUGCCAUCAACGAGAAGGCCACCCACCCCGGCUACUAUGAGGACCUCGUGGAGAAGUCCAUGGGGAAAUACAACCUCGCCACGGAGGAGAUUGAGAGGGACCUGCACCGCUCGCUUCCAGAGCACCCCGCUUUCCAGAACGAAAUGGGCAUCGCGGCUCUGAGGAGAGUCUUGACUGCUUAUGCUUUUCGAAAUCCUAACAUAGGGUAUUGCCAGGCCAUGAAUAUUGUCACAUCUGUGCUGCUGCUUUAUGCCAAAGAGGAGGAAGCUUUCUGGCUGCUGGUGGCUUUGUGUGAACGCAUGCUCCCUGAUUAUUACAACACCAGGGUGGUUGGUGCCCUGGUGGACCAGGGUGUCUUCGAGGAGCUGGCCCGGGACUAUGUUCCGCAGCUCUACGACUGCAUGCAGGACCUGGGCGUGAUCUCCACCAUCUCCCUGUCCUGGUUCCUCACCCUGUUUCUUAGCGUGAUGCCCUUUGAGAGCGCAGUGGUGGUCGUCGACUGUUUCUUCUAUGAAGGAAUCAAAGUGAUAUUCCAGUUGGCCCUAGCUGUGCUUGAUGCAAAUGUAGACAAGCUUUUGAACUGCAAGGACGACGGGGAGGCUAUGACCGUUUUGGGAAGGUAUUUGGACAGCGUGACCAACAAAGACAGCACGCUGCCCCCCAUCCCUCACCUCCACUCGCUGCUCAGUGAUGACGUGGAGCCCUAUCCCGAGGUUGACAUUUUCAGACUCAUCAGAACUUCCUAUGAGAAAUUUGGAACUAUCCGGGCGGAUUUGAUUGAGCAGAUGAGAUUUAAACAGAGACUAAAGGUGAUCCAGACGCUGGAAGAUACUACAAAACGGAAUGUGGUACGAACCAUUGUGACUGAAACGUCCUUUACCAUUGAUGAACUAGAAGAACUUUAUGCUCUUUUCAAGGCGGAACAUCUAACCAGCUGCUACUGGGGCGGGAGCAGCAAUGCGCUGGACCGGCAUGACCCCAGCCUGCCUUACCUCGAGCAGUAUCGCAUCGACUUGGAGCAGUUCAAGGGCAUGUUUGCUCUGCUCUUUCCCUGGGCCUGCGGGACUCACUCUGACGUGCUGGCCUCCCGCUUAUUCCAGUUAUUAGAUGAGAAUGGAGACUCUCUGAUCAACUUCCGAGAGUUUGUCUCGGGGCUGAGUGCUGCAUGCCAUGGGGACCUCACUGAGAAGCUCAAACUCCUAUACAAAAUGCACGUCCUCCCGGAGCCAUCCUCCGAUCAAGAUGAGCCAGAUUCUGCUUUUGAAGCGACUCAGUACUUCUUUGAAGACAUCACCCCAGAAUGCACACAUGUGGUUGGAUUGGACAGCAGAAGCAAACCCAGUGCAGAUGAUGGCUUUGUUACCGUGAGUUUAAAGCCGGACAGAGGGAAGAGGGCGAAUUCUCAAGAAAAUCGUAAUUAUCUGAGACUCUGGACUCCAGAAAAUAAAUCCAAAGCAAAGAAUGCAAAGGAUUUACCAAAACUGAAUCAGGGGCAGUUUAUCGAGCUGUGUAAGACGAUGUACAACUUGUUCAGCGAGGACCCCAACGAGCAGGAGCUGUACCACGCCACGGCCGCGGUGACCAGCCUCCUGCUGGAGAUUGGGGAAGUGGGCAAGCUCUUCGCCCCGCAGCCUGCCAAGGAGGGCGGGGGCGGGGGCAGCGGGCCGGCCGGCCACCAGGGCCUCCCCGGAAGCGUGCUCUUCCCCAAGAAAGGGCCGAGCCCACCUUACGCGCCCGAAGCCGUGGAGCCCCUGCCGGCCAGCUUGGCCGGGGCCGGCGAGGAGCACUCCCUGGGCGGACAGAUGGAGGACAUCAAGCUGGAGGACUCCUCGCCCCGGGACCACGGGGCCUGCUCCUCCAUGCUCAUCUCGGACGACGACACCAAGGACGACAGCUCCAUGUCCUCUUACUCGGUGCUGAGCGCCGGCUCCCACGAGGAGGACAAGCUCCACUGCGAGGACAUCGGCGAGGACACGGUCCUGGUGCGCAGCGGCCAAGGCACAGCGGCGCUGCCCCGAAGCACCAGCCUGGACCGGGACUGGGCCAUCACCUUCGAACAGUUCCUGGCCUCUCUCCUGACCGAGCCGGCCCUGGUGAAGUACUUUGACAAGCCCGUGUGCAUGAUGGCCAGGAUCACCAGUGCAAAAAACAUCCGGAUGAUGGGCAAGCCCCUCACCUCCGUCAGUGACUAUGAGAUCUCGGCCUUGUCCGGCUGAAUCCGGCGCCUUCUCUGGGGACCGGGAAGGUGGGGGGUGGGGGGCGGGGUCUUUUUUAUGUUCUGUGUUGGGGCUUCAGUCUUCCUUUUAAAUUAAAUAUUUAUUAGUACCCGGCUUGAAGCCUAGUGUUUUCAUAAUAUAAUACAAUGAAAAGCUGUUGGAGAAAUACUUAAACACCUCCAUGUAGGUACAGUACCACUUUCUUGUUGGGGGUAGGGGGAUUUACCAGAAUGCAGUGAAUUCCAAAAAAAAAGAUGACUCUGUCUGUGAUAUGUAUGUAUUUAUAACUUCUUAAUCUUGCUGUUGAGCUGUAUACAUAGUGCUGUUUAAAUGCUAAAUAAGGCAGCAGCCGUUGUGUAUUUGGGCUUUUUAAAUAAAACUAAGAACCGUAAGGAAAGUGAGAUGCCAUAGAGAGAAUGUUCUUAAAUGGAAUAGGCAUUGUCAGCUGGGGUAAAUUCUAUACCCUUUAAGGGAGCAUUAAAGCUAUUUUUUAAGAUUUGAAAUAUAUUUCAUAAAAGUCCUCUAUUCAAAAAGCAUAUUCUGCAGGCAUUCUCAAUUGAGGUUCUAAGCAGUUAGGAAAGUAUAAGUGAUUUUUAUGUGAUGCCAGAAUAACACCUCUAUUUGAUCAAUUUGGGCAAAUACGGGACCAAAUUGCAUUGAAAAACUGAUGAUUUAAGUCAGCUGGCCGGAAUUCAGGGGGAAAUGAACAGUCUUUUGUGACAGAGAAUCUGAAAGUGGCAACAGAAAUGAUAAAGAGGACCCAGAAUUUGGGGGGUGGGGUGGGGGUGGGGGAAGAGUAAAAGUACUGAUGCUUCUUAUACUGAAUUUUCAGCUUCUUGUUACUCAUUGCAAAUAAAGCAAAAAAUAAAACAAUAAACUUUACCAUUUCCGUGCUCUCCAUAGGUUCAAGAAAUCAUACCGUGUAUCACAUAUGACCAUCUUUCCAGUUAAAUCAAUGUAGAGAUAAUGUAAAAUGAAAAAAAAUCUGCAAGAUCACGUAACUGAAUGUGUAAAGCGGAACUUGACACUUUAUAUAAGAGAAUAGUAUGCUCUAUUUACUGAAUGGACUUGGAAAUGAAACUCGCACCUGCACUUUGUAUUUUCGCUUCUUUUUUAUUACUGUUACAGUUUUGUCUUUUACAGAUGUUGGAGUUCUUUUCUUCUUAUUGUUGAAUUCAUAAUCAUGAUCACAUUUUCUUUGCAUAUUCAGAAUAUUCCUUCCAAUACAUUCCUUUAUUUUAGAAUCCGUUGUGUCUUUAUUUUUAGCUGUUGCUGCUGUUUUUAAUUUUGUUUACAGAAUGAUUUUUUUAAACUGUCCAGUGAUGUAGUGUUAACCUCAAAUAGGAUAAAUGUGAACAAAUAAAAUACAUGGAUACUCAAA